AUGAAUGCAAGCCUGAACUGGAAGCUCUUCAUCGCCUCAGUGCUUGGCCUCUCCAUCUUGGGCCUAUGGCUCUUCUUUGCGCUGCCCCCAACAGACGAGGAGACGAAGAUGACGGUCAAAGGGAACUGCACAGCCAUGACUGGAAAGGACAGAAAAGAAGAGGCCUCCUGCAAAAACUUUGGCGGAUGUCAUGGCUACUGCCCUGACAGCGAGUGUCAAUGCACGUCCCAGUGCAUCAAUGUGGGCAAUUGUUGUGAGGAUUUUUCGGAGGAGUGCAUGACUGAAGGCAAUGCACACACGGAGCUAAUAAAGCUGGAGGAGCAGAUCCGACACAUGGAGCAUGGGGAGGGCAUCGUUGGAUCUGAGUUUAUUCUGGGCCUCGUGAUGGUCUUCUUCAUCGUGUCAGUGAUGGGGCUUGUUUACAUUUCACACAAUCCCAAACUCCAAGGGCUGCGCAAAAUGGCCGACGAGAUGAGUUGCAAAACUACCUCGAUCUUCGCGGCAAACACCUUCAGUGUUGCGCUCCACGGCGUGCUUAUUGAGCAGAUAUGGAUGGGAAAGCACCCGGGAUUAAAUCUUCCGGCAGGGCCUCUCCGACUUUGCCAGAUUUAUGGCGUCGUGGCCUGCCUGUUCUUCGUGGCCUCCAAUGUGCUCAUGUACCUGUUUCGGGGCGAUCCACAGCUGUUCUUUGCCAUCGGCCAGCUGUCGAGCCACAUGACUGCCUUCACCCUGGUGCGGGCGCUCGGCUCCUUGCAGUGGAGUGUCAGAGACAGCACGUUGGAGUGCUGUAUGGUGCUGGCUUGGGCAGCAGUCUUUCUGCGAGGUUCCAUUUUCGUGGGCGAGCGGGUGCGCUCUCAGUUCAUCAAAAGUGACAUGGUGCAGUGGGAGUACCGCGAGCCUGGCAAAAGAUGGCAACCCUUUCCAAGCGACAUCAGCAAAAAGAUCGAAUCUGACUGGGGCCACCGUGCAGCUGAUACCGACUCUGACAGCGACCCCAGUGUGGUUUUCUCGACGUCCGACGCAAAUGGACGAGAGGAACGCGAGAGUUUUUCUGUCUUGAAGACCGACCUGACCAUUACUUUCAACCCGGAUGAGCCAAGCGACAAGAGCACAUCCUCUGUGUUGCAUCUUCCAGAUCGAGGUACAUUCUUCGUGGACCCCUGUGGGCGGAUGGUGCGGGAGGGCGGUGAAGAGUGGAAAGUGAGGUGGCAGUGCAAUUGGCAUCACUUCGCCGAAGAGUGCUUCUUGGACGGCGCCGGCCUCGUCAUGGGUUUCCUGAUGAUGCAGCUUGUUCUCCUCCUGCACACUGGCUACCUGCACUCCACGGAGGGACUUCUGGUGCAGCCGGAUGACUGGGAUUGGAUGCUCACCUUCGCAGUGCUGGGCUGGAGCUUCGGCUUCUCAGUGCUGGUGGUCGUCGUGGAGGCUGUCACGGACCACUUGCCGCCCUUCUUGGCUCCAGAUUUGGAGAUGUUGGCAGGCUCCUUCUCGGCCGCAUUCGGCUGGUGCCUCCUCCGAGGUGCCGCCCUGACAGUGCGGCCGCAUUGCACUCUGAUGGACACCUAUGUCGUGGUGGCCUUUCCCCUUACUUGGCUGGCCUUGCUAGCAACAGUCUUCGCGCACACGCACCUUCCGAAUAUCCUCACCGACCAUGGAAGGGAGGAUGUGCAGCACACCAUCGCCAGUGCUGCCGCCAUCGUCACGGGCCUCGUGUGGGACAAAGCCUUCGAAUCACUCACGGUACAUAUGACGUCAGGAUGGUAUGGGCACUACGUGAUCGCGAAGGUCAUCUUGGCCGCCGUUGUGGCCAUCAUCGUCCUUCCAGGAUGGUAUAUGUACCUGGUGCCCAAGGCAGUUGCUUGCUGUCAUCUCGACAGCAAUCCAGAUCCGGAAGAAGCAGAACCCCUCAAGUGA